AAUUGUCACAUGUUAGGGUAAAGUUACAUUGUCAGUACGUCUUUUGUGUUUAUAGUGAUAGAUGGUGCUUGUUUAUGGAUGUCUGAGAGGAGUAGAGAGGUUCGGGGAGGGGAGUCUGUUCAUUAUGUAACUGCCGUUUAGAAAUGUGUUUUCGCGCUCAGCUUUCUGGGUCUGACAUUCCUACGUUUCCAUUCGGAUUCGGUUAGACAACACAGCGAGAACAGAUCACAAAGGACAACACAGAGAAACAACGUGCUCAUCCUCAUCCUGUCAUAUCGCAUGCCGCACAUGUGGAGGGUCUAACAAGUGUUUUAAAGAGAAUGACUUUGGUGAGAAUCCCUUUCUGGCAUUCGGGUCUCAUGGAAAACAGUGGCGUUUAUGUAAAGUUUUCUAAAGAGACAUGCCAGCUAAAUUCCCCAUCAGACAAACUAAAGCAGGAGUUGGAGAAAGAGCUGAAAUUGAGCAGCUGUAACUUAUCAAGUCAUGGCUGGUAUCAUGGUCGCAUACCUUGGGAGGUGUCUGAGUCUCUUGUGCAACGGGAUGGGGAUUUUCUAGUCCAUGACUCCCUCACUAACACUGGAGAAUAUGUGUUAACCUGCUGCUGGAACCAGAAAGCUCUUCAUUUCCUCAUCCACAAGGUUCUGCUCAGAUCUUAUGACACAUUUAUUCGAGCCCAGUACAUUCUGGAGGAGGAAACGUUUGAUUCUGUGCCAGCUCUGGUUCAUUCCUAUGUUGGAAAUAAAAGGCCUCUUACAAAGCAGAGUGGUGCCUACAUUUACUCACCAGUUAAUAGGACAUUUCCACUAAGAUACCUAGAAACCAUGUUUGGGCUGCCAAGUGUGGAGAACAGCCCAGUAAGCUCACCAACCAGACAGAAGGGAAGCCAAAAGAAAAGGGAAAGCAUAACUGUGACAGAGGCUUUGGAAAUUGAGCUGAUAAGACCACAGAGUGAUGUUGUGAGGAGUUUUGAUGGCACCAUGGAGCAGCGCCUUGUAGUGUCAACUUCCCCUGUAUUAAUGAGCACAUUGGCCAGGCGGCGACGAAGCCCCUCCGAAAACAGGAAGUUUGUAAUAGUCCCUUCAUCACCUGUUCUCCAAAAGUCCAGUGAGAUACGGCUUUGUUCAUCUCCCCCUGAAAACACUCUCAUCUAUUUGGAACCAACAGUACAUCUUCUGUCCUCCAUGACACAUUCCCAUCAAAAUUACAGAGAAGCAAACCAUCCUCAAAAUGACCCAGUGAUUUCUCAAGCUGACCCUGUGGCUACAAAUCAUCCCUUUUUAAGACAUGAGAUGCAGACUUUGGAUUGCAGAGAGGAGUAUGAUGAGGAGUAUUUAGUGCCUUUCACCAUGGACACAGUUUCCUGUUUCAGACCUAGUAUGUACCAGUCACCACAGAUGCCCCCAGAAAAUAAACCUUUGGAGACCAUAAUACUGAAAAAAGUGAAGGACAUCCUGUUUGAAGUUGAUAUAAAGACAAUGGCAAUGCAUAUCACCAAAGUUGACUGCAUGGUUGCUCAAAUUCUGGAUACUUCUGAUGAUAUGAUGAAAGGGAUGGGAGUGAGUUCAGGAUUGGAGCUACUUACCCUCCCACAUGGACAUCAUCUCCGUCAAGAUCUGCUUGAAAGGUUCCACACCAUGUCCAUAAUGCUGGCUGUUCAGCUGCUGGGCUGCACGGGCAGUGCUGAUGAAAGAGCCACCCUGCUGCACAGAGCCAUCUGCCUGGCCUCUGAACUCAAGAGCUGUUUAGGCAAUUUGUUUGGCUUUGCCACAGUUAUGAAAUGCCUUGAAUUACCACAGAUUGCCCGCUUGAAUGAGACAUGGACAGUUUUACGUCAGAAGUACACAGAAAGUGCUGUUCUUUAUGAGAAAACCCUUAGACCCUCAAUGAGGAUGAUGAAUGACGGAGAAGAGAUAAGUAGAUCCACAGACACAGCUUUUCCCCAUGUGCUCCCUCUGCUGUCCUUUCUUGAAAGAAAUGUUGUGGCUCUUGAGGAGUCAGAGUCAUGGGAAAGUGCAGACACUGGAGUGGCCAUGGUCUUGAGUCAUCUGGAUGCUGCACGUACGAUUGCGUGCAAUGGGAGGAUCUUCAGUGCAAAUGCAGAGACCAAACUGCAGGGAUUUCAGGAGGAAGCAGAUGUUCGGGAGGUCUUCCUCACAGAGUUUCAGAUGCGUCUCCUGUGGGGAAGCCGUGGAGUGGAAAGAAAUAAAGAUGAACGUUAUUCAAAGUUUAAUGAAGUGCUAACAGCUCUGUCCAACAGGCUUGAGCUUUCUAACUCACCAAAAUGAUAGAAGGGAUGACCGCUAGUCGCAUACUUUUUUCAGAAUAUCCAUGUUUUAUGAAUUUAUUUACAGUUACAUCGUUUUGUUUUUAUCAUAGGUUUAUAGAGGGGGUGGAUGUCUGCCACUGUAUAUAAACUAAACACAUCCUGCAAUUUUAACUUAUUUGAUUUGCAAUGUUAUUUUUAUGAUAUUUUUGUUUUAUAUAAUGUGAUAUAGGAAAUAACUUUAACUCUGCUAAUAUUGUUAACUUUGAACUCUGCAGUAUGUGUUUAAUUGCACUGUUAUUGGUUCAUAUAAUCAAUGACCAAAUAAUGGGUAAUAUUUACUCAUUGGUACACGUUUUGCAGAUUUUAAUUGUAUAUAUUUAACUGUACUAUUUUAUACUUACAUCAUUUAUAAAUAAAUUUAGAGUUGAUUUA